AAGAAGUCGGUUCAACAGAAAAGGUAGAAUUCCACCACCGAAACCAAGAAAAUGGCCAACGCCGCAGCUCUCCUUUUCCUCGUAGCCGCCCUUCUCUGCCACAUGCGUACAGGUGACGCCCAACGAUCCUGCGGCAAGUCCGACAUAACAUUCACGGUGCGCAAGACGGGGAACGUGGUCGGCCGGCAGCCGGAGUACGUGGUGGCGAUCAGGACGUCGUGUUCGUGCUCGAUGAAGGACGUGCGCGUGUGGUGCGGCGGCCUGGAGGACAGCGCCGUGCCGCUGGACGCGAGCAAGGUGGAGGUGGACGACGGGAUGUGCGUCCUCAAGCAGCCCGUCGCCAAGGGCUCCCCGGUCAUCUUCACCUACUCCUGCGAGGUGCCGGUGAACUUCCGCGUGUUCAACACCGCCCCUGAUUGCUAAGCGGCGUGGCUCAUCACACAUCACAGGCGUCAUGAAAUAAGCUGUAGUCGUGCGCCUAAUUUGGGUGGUUUGUGGCUUGUGUGGGUGCGUCCACGCACCGUUUUCAAAUUAUUUACCUUGGGUCCAUCCGGAAUCAA